CGCGAGGCGGCCAUGGCGACCUUCUUCGGGGAGGUGGUGGUGGCCCCGUCCCGGGCCGGCCUGGACGAGGAGGAGGAGGCGCGGGAGGAGACGCCCGAGGACCGUGAGAUCCGCAGGGAGAUCGAGAAGAAAAGGGAGAUCCAAGUGCUGUGGAGCUGUGCUGAGGAGUCCCUGGUGUGCUCCAGGUUCAUCGUGGCCAUCGGCAGGAACGCUGCGGCUUUCCUGUCAUCUUUUAUCCUGGAUUCUGUGUGCUGGGAAGUGAUUGGAGUUGUGAAGCUGUGGAAUGAGUGGUGCAGAACAUCCAGCAGCACAAAUGUCCUCCCCACAGACUCUUUCUGUUUGUUCUACAGAUUGAUAUCAGACCCCACAGUUUUAUUGUGCCAGUGUAGUUGCUACGUGGCUGAGGAUCAACAGUUCCAGUGGCUUGAGAAGGUUUUUGGCUCCAUGCAGAAGAAAGGCUUGCAAGUCACCAUCCUUUCCACGUGUCCUGUAGCUGAUUACAAAACUCAGGAAUCCACUCUGACCCUUGUGUCUCCAUUCCUGAAAGCCUUGAAGACCAAAGAAUUCCAGGAGCAGGUCUGCUGCCCGCUGCUGGAGCAGCCCAACAUUGUGAGGGACCUUCCUGCUGCUGUGCUGAGUUACUGCCAGGUGUGGGGCAUCCCUGCAGUGCUGUACCAGUGCUACACCGAUGUCAUCAAGCUGGACACAGUCACCAUUGAAGCCUUCAAGCCUCUGCUCUCUUCUGAGCUCCUGAAGAGUUUAGCCAAGGAUGCCUCCGAAAGCACAAAGAUCCUGAAGAAGUUCCUGACAGCCAGUGAAACUCACAAUAACAUCUACAUCUGACAAGGACACUUGUGCUGCACUUUGUAAACUCCAGUUUCUUCCCUUGAGGACUUCUGGGAUUUUAUUUUUUUUCCCUUUAAAAGUAGAAUAAAUUCCAGUAGAUUUUUUUACUUUCCCACUCAUUUUUGUUGUUUUAAUUUCAUCACUGAACACCCUUCUGCAUGGCUUGGAAGAUUCUUGUGGAGUGAUUUUAGGAAAGAUCUUGGAUAUGAAAAGCAACUCCUUUUUCUCCUCCUGAAAGGAUUGUUUUA